CCAUUGUUAGCGCCAAGGAAACUGCUAAAACCUAAGUCAUACUAGCGCCGUACUUGCCCCUGCCUAGCCUGCCCGCCAAAAUUACCUAUUAUUCGUACAUUUAUUCGUACUUCGUACUCCUUAAAGUGUACCUAACACGGAACCCUGCUGUGUUACCUUUGACGAUUUCUUUGCUUCCAAACAUAUUUUAUUCUAAUCGUUCUUCGAUCUCUCGAACCUUUUGCUUUAAUAUAAUUACGCCGAGCCCGAUACCACAAAAAAAAAACAAAACGAAUCAAUAAGACCGUGCAAGUCAUUUUUCGGUCCUUCAUUUGGACUCCUUCGCGCAGUCGUACCUAAUUGUACUUGCAUUUCGAAAACGGCCGAUUUAUGUCUACCUAAUUACAGCCUUACACCUUACAUUACCGAACCGACCUUAACAACACCGUCCUCCAUUAGGUAGCUCGCGUUCGAAAACCCAAGCCGUGUAAAUCGUCGGUUUCUGGAACAACCAGAGGCAUCUCCUGAAGAUGCGACCAGAUUCAUCCAGAAUAUCUAAAGAUGGACAAGAAGACGCUGGCGAUCAGUUCACGAUAAUUUCGACAACGACGAACCCAACAAAUGAAUCCCUAAGUCAACGCGCGCCAAUCAUGUCGGCCCAGGGGCAAGGGGCGGUGGGCAGUACAAUUGCAUCAAGCGUCGCCGGUGUGAGCGUCCAGGCGCAAGAGUACGCCAAUGGAUACCACUUCCCGCCGAAAUACCCCAUCAAGGAACAGAUACGAAUGGGCUUGGUUUCAUUUUGGGAGUUCUACAACACUGGAUUCGGUUUCUUCCUUACAAUCUACUCCCUUAACGUCGUAGCUUGGGGCGGCAUGCUGUUCCUCCUACUAUGCAACGCCGCACCGGAGAUGUGUUGGGUGAAUGGCGAAUUUGACUGCGAUCAUAUCGACUCACCGCGCCGCAUAUGGAUCGAGACGGACUCGCAGAUCCUGAACGCGUUAUUCUGCGUGACAGGUUUUGGUUUGGCACCAUGGCGCUUUCGUGAUCUGUACUUCCUGUUGCGAUAUCGCCUUCUGGGCGAUCGCCAGGCUCUACGAAGGUUAGCGGGCGUCCAUCGCGGUUGGUUCCGCCUUCCUGGCUCUGAACAACUCCCCGCAGCUCUUGGACCCAAGAAUAUUGAGGAAUCCUUUGCCAAUUGCAACGCUGAUAGCAUUCCGCAUCCCCCAGAGACUAUAUCAGACGCACCGCCGACAGGCAUUCGGGCGCCCCCGACCAAGAUGUGGAAAUUGGAUUUCAUCAUCUACUUCAACGUUGCCAAUACAUUUCUGCAAUGCGUUCUGUCGGGAUUCAUGUGGGGCCUGAAUCGUUACGACCGACCUAGUUGGUCGACUGGUUUAUUCGUCUGCCUUGCAUGCAUAGUCUCCGCUGUUGCAGGCAUUAUGAUGGGAGUUGAAGGAAAGCACGUUAAGGCGAUUGAAGGGGUUCCUCUAACUAAGAGGGACAUGGAGCGCCUAGCUCGCGAUAAGGAGCUGGGCAUUCCUCACUACAACAACCUUGGCGACAAGAAUCCCGAGGAGGGGAAAGAGAAGGCGAAGAAGAAGAAGCAAGAGCAACGAUUUGGAAAAGCCGAGCAAUCUAGUCUCGUGACGGAUAAUGAAAGACAAGCAUUCUGCAAUUGAACAAGUCAUGGCGUUUCUAGCAGGUUUUUAUAGACAGCGGACUUGGUGUUUUUAUUGGCACAUACUUUCUGAAAAGAAUAAACCAUCUGGCGUUGCACAACGCAAGUAACUAUAUUUGCAAGCAUUCUGCUUUUUGCAACCAAUCGUACAAGACCACGAUAUUGUGGUCUUAAGAGGUACCUACUGUAUAUUUCUGUAUCAAGAUAUGUUGAAGUUGAAAUGUAAAGCUCUUAGGAAGAGUGAUCUCCUAAGGGUAUGAGGAUAUGUAUUAGUGUACACUAUUCCGAGACACACAUAGCAGGUGUAGUAGCAUUUGAGGCUAACACGAUUUGAGUGGAUGAAUAGAAACGAUGGCAAAGUGAGUUGAGUGUCCACGGGGUCCACGGGGUCCAU